CGACCGCCGCCAGACGCCAGUCCGAUUCCUGACGCGUCGCGCUUCGCUCCGCGCUCCAAACGAACAAGAAUAAUAAAAUUUAAAAAAAAAUAAACCAAAACAAAGUGAGAGACAGAAGUGCGUGGUGGUUAUUAUUUUGUGUGCAAACUUAUAGGAAAAUGUGCAGACCUUUGAGGGUAUUGUGAAUUGUUGUUGGUGCAAAUGGGUGCCAUCAGGAGGAGUCUUGUCCUGUUCUUCGCGACGCUCGCGUUAGCAUCAGCGAGUCCUUCGCCGAUCAAGCGAACGGAUCCGAAGAAGGACCAUUGCAACAAGACGGUGGAUAUAUACGACGACGUGUCGAGUCCGGAAGUGACGCCGGAUAAUGUCGGCAAACCCAUGACCUGUUGGUACAGGUUCCGGUCGUUUCGCGGCACCCCCAAAGACUGGAUCCUUCGCAUCAAGUUUAACAAGUUCAAAGUGGGAACGCUACUAAAUGCGAGCCACUGCGAGGGCGGCUACAUGCAGGUAAAUUUAACCAAAUUUUUGUUUCCUCCACGAAAAAUCUAUUUACAGACAAAAAGUCCAUCCUUACUCGUGACCAACUUCACGUGCAUAAAUCCAUUUUCGGAGUUUGUCAGGAGUUAAUUAGUUCAUGCCGUAAACUUUCUGGACAGAUUACACAUAUGAAACGGGACAGUUGAAAUGUAUCGCGUUUCGUGCGGCCGCAAAAAGCGAACUUGAUGCAAACAAGAUUACCGUUUCCAUUUUACCCCUCACAGAAGUAAGCUGACACUUUGUAUGAAUUUUUGACGGUUCCAGACAAACUCGAAAUGCAUACAAACACAUACUUGUA